ACAGCACCACGCACGCCGUCACGCUUCCGGAAGCCAUGGCCAUGGAUCCCAGCACAGUGGCCCAACAACUGAGUCUUUUGGUGUAUGUCAUGCCUUUGGCCACGAUAGCAGCGAGAUCGCCUCAACCUCCUGGUAAUGUGCAAUUCAAAUCGCUGACGUCCUUUCAGCCAGGUUUCUAUGUGUGCCUGGCCGCCAUUCCAACUGGUUUGGUCCUUUACAAGAUCACGCGCCCCGGCCCCGAUGGCCAACCCUACUUCAGUCGAUUGAUCGCCGACAAAUACGCCAGCUAUAAGACUCUAUUCCUUGAGCGAGCCGAUGUUCAUACCCAGGCGAUGGAGCGCGCGGCAGCAGACAGGACGUUGUUCAUGAAUGAGAGUUCACAUGACACACCGAGAUAUAUUGAUCUGAGAUACCCCGAAUCGGUCAAUGCGAGUUCGCCAUGGAACGUCCCAGCCGGACACGGCAGCGCCAAUAUGGAUCAAUUGAUCGCCAAAUAUCAAAAGCAGGCAUUUGAGGAGAAUGAGAAGAAACUGCAGCAGCUCAAGGACAACAAAGUCCCGGCGGAGCAACCAUAUGAGUCGUUCCGGAAAAUCACACCCGCUGCGCCAGACAGCUGAACAAUAUAGACGACGCCUUCACUUGUGUACAUAGCCAUGUUACAAAACCGCACCUUCAUAUGCAGCUCAAUUUCUAUCCCCUGAUGCCCAUAUGUGACGGGACAUGCAGUCCCCAAGUCCGUGCUUUCCAACCUUGGGAUCAUGAUACUAAACGAACGCUUGCCAUGCUCUUUUGAACGUCCACUGUUCUGUUCUGUUCUGUUCUGUUCUGUUAUGUUCUGUUCUUAGCCGAACAGCCCACCUCACUGAAGUCUAUGAUCAAGCUCCUUUCACGGUGCUCAUGUGCGGUGCUUGCGCCGGCUUCACUGGUGCAUCUGGAACCGUGACGUCGGAGAAGUCAUCCUGGCCAACGGCUCGAAUAGUAAACGUGU